AGCGGUUCCACUAACUCGCUGCCGAUCUUAUCAUUUUAGAUCGCUGGACAGUCCCCAAUAUUUAUUCUCAACGGGUAAAACAACAUCCUACGAUUCAUCUACGUAUCACCUGCCUCUGAACUUGCAAGUCAACAGAUAACCAGAAAAAUGACGGACAAAGAGCCUUAUUAUGUCUAUAAACUUGUACCGUCCACUGCGCCCGUCCGAGAACCGCUCCCAGAGCAACUCCCCGUCAGUACGCUCGACCAACAGUCGGGUUUCAUUCACCUCUCCACCGCAUUUCAGGUGCCGAACACGCUGAAGUUAUUCUUUAAAGAUGAACCCCUUGUUUAUGUUCUCCGGAUUCCGUACGCGCGUGUAGCCGAGAAUCUCCGUUGGGAAAACCCCGAGGGCACCGUAUGCGGGCCGAGACCGAAAGAGGGCUUGUUCCCGCAUCUAUACAAUGACCUCAAGUUGGGGAAGGAUGAGGUGGAGAGCAUCGCCAUUUGGUUCAAUGAUAAUGGAUGGGAUAAUGCUCUUUCACAAGCGACGCCAUGGCUUGUGUUUUAAAGGGGUAAUUCAAGCUACUGGAGCUUGCUACAUUGCAGAAACAAAUCCAACUUCCCCUUGCUUCAUUAGCUUCCUAAGGCAAUGAGGAUGCAAUGGGUAGUAUACAUUAUACAUACUGGAAGCGUACCUUAACAAUCAGAAAUUGAGACCUGAAGCACACUUUUAUCUAGCUGAGCCCUAGGUGACGAAACUAGUUAAAUUUCCCAAAUGAAGUGUUUUCCGAAGUUCUAGCCAAUCUCAGGGCAAAUUGAGAUCUCUUGAACCCAGCGAAUUUAAUAUGCGUCUUCCCGGUGGAACAACG